AACAAAAUUGCAUCAAUUGCUUUCUAAUUCAAAUCGUCUGUCCUUCUUCCGAAAAUGAAGUUAUUCAUUUUUUAGAAAAUCGCGCACAAUAAAUCUUCAUGUUUAAUAAAUAUUCUUGCUUCCAAUUUACAAAACUCACCGUGGACUAGUUGAUACAUAACUGUACGGAAUUCUGUAAAAAACAUAUUUCUAUUGCAAUUUGACAAGAUAGAAAACAAAAAAAAAAAUUAAAGAAACAUGACAACACACGAGCGUAAAGCAACAGAUGAUUAUGUAUCUAUCGCUGAUUUCUAUAAUGAUCGAAGUAUCUUUAUCACUGGAGGAACCGGUUUUAUGGGAAAAGUGUUAGUGGAGAAAUUGCUCCGAUCAUGUCAAGGAAUAAAAAAUAUUUAUCUUCUGAUUCGACCGAAAAAAGGACAAGAUAUUAACACACGUCUCGACGAACUUUUGAAUAGUCCACUUUUCGAUAAACUUCGUACAGAACGUCCAAACGAUUUAAAUAAGAUCAUUCCAAUACAUGGUGAUAUCACAUCUGAAGAACUAGGCAUUUCAGAUAGUGACCAAAAUUUGUUGAGUCAAUCUGUUUCUGUCGUUUUUCAUUCUGCUGCAACUGUUAAAUUUGAUGAAAAAUUAAAGCUUUCUGUUACAAUCAACAUGCUGGGAACAAAGCGAUUGCUUCAGCUUUGUCAACGAAUGAUUUGCUUAGAGGCUUUGGUGCACGUGUCAACAGCAUAUUGCAAUUGUGAUCGGAGAGAUGUGGCAGAAAUGAUUUACAGCCCUCCGUUCAAUCCCGAUGAUAUAAUUUCUCUGGUACAAUGGCUUCCUGAAGAUUUGUUGGAUAAACUAACACCAUCACUCAUUCAAUCACGUCCAAAUACGUACACAUUCACAAAAGCUCUGGCGGAAGCAAUGUUAUUAAAGGAGGCUGGAAAUUUACCUGUGGCUAUUGUCCGACCAUCAAUUGUUUUAUCUAGUGUCAAUGAGCCGCUUAGUGGUUGGGUCGACAAUUGGAAUGGACCUACUGGGAUUGUAUCUGCAGUUGGAAAGGGAAUUUUUCACACAAUUAUGUGUAAUGAAGAAAGCAUAGCAGAUUUUAUACCCGUGGAUUUGGUAAUAAACUUAAUGGUUGCCGCUGCUUGGAAAACCGGUACUGCUGAAAACACCACAAUGACAAUUUAUAACUGCUGUACGGGUAUGAAUAAACCGAUCACAUGGGGCAGAUUAGUUUCAUUGGCAAUUGAGAAGAUGAGAGAGCAUCCUUUAGAGGGAAUAUUUUGGUACCCAACGGGAAUUCUACGUAAAAACCGGACUUUGAACUCAAUCCAUUCCAUUAUUGCCCACUAUAUUCCAGCCUAUAUUUUGGACAUUCUAGCACGCAUCGCUGGCCGAAAACCAAUUAUGAUAAAAGUUCAGGAUAAAUUAGCAAAAUCUGUACAGUGCUUAGAGUAUUUUACAACACAUCAGUGGAGAUUUCAUGGCGAUAACGUCAAAAUGUUGUUGGACUCGUUGAAUGAUAAGGACCGAAAUGAGUUUCAAUUUGAUGUAAGAACAAUUGUGUGGGAAGAUUAUGUGGAGAAAUAUGUACUAGGCUUUCGUCAGUUCCUGUUCAAACAGAAUCCCUCUUCAUUAGAAGACAGCAGGAAGCGAUUGACAAAGCUCAAAGCAAUUCACCAGCUUUCCAAAUUUUUAAUAGUCAUCAUCUUUUGGCGUUUUUUGAUGGCACGUUCAAAAAGAAUUAGAAACUUAUGGAACAAGAUUUGUCUUUUUAUUUUUUCUUACAUGAAACAAAUAUUACCUUCAAUCGGAUCGUAAGUUUAACAUGACAACAAAAAAUAGGAAG